GAUGCGACCGAAACAAUUACCCCGUUGUGUGAUGUCGUACGGCACGCUCUCAUGACUUCUCCCUUCUCUUUUGUCUUUCAUGACAGCCGAGACAAAGGGAGUGAGACACUGCAUCUUCUGUCCGCAGAAUUGCGACCAUGCUUAAGUAGGCUUAAGUAUGAUAUGAUCAGUCAAGUUGGCCGCAAUCCUCUUCUUCUCUCAAUCCACAAUGAACUACCAGGCUCACCACCCGUGUCACAUCAACGUCCUCCCAGUUGAAAUACUAUCAUACAUAUUCACGCUGGCCACUCAUGGCACCAUAUCCACCAGCAAUGACCCCAAACGAAGAUAUGAGGUCCCAUUCAGCCCUGAAAGUGUCACAAUGCCAACUGUACUCGCAUCUGUACACCGACACUGGAGACAUAUUGCGCUAUCUACCUCGACACUAUGGUCAAGCCUCGUAAUGAGUCUUGGGCAGGUCGUUCGCGUCAAAGUUGGACCAGAUGCGGAUGAGGAACGCGCAUACACUACUUUCCUUGACGUGCAGCGCUUGGCCGCUCAUAUCGCGCGGUCGCGAAACUCUCCAGUAGAUAUCCUUAUCGACACUCGAGAUCCAGAAUGGGACUUUGAAGAUGACGGGGAAGAAUGUUCAACUAAUAAUCCGACGUGCUUCCCAUAUGCCACCUUUGUUCCACAAAUCCUCGACCUCCUGUUCCCGCAGAUGCACAGGUGGCGUUCGCUGACAAUACUCAGCGAUACGUGGGCACCGCUUCGUGUCGCCCUUGAACGUCUCAGUGUACCCACUCUGACAAAGGGCCCGGGUGCUCCGCACCUUGAAACAUUAAUGCUCAUGCGGUGCAACGAGUUCUUAGGUCACUUGGAUACCUUCUCUCCACGCACCCAACAGAUGUUCGAGGGGACACCAUUCGCCGCUUUGACCGGCGCGCCCCAUAAUGAUCUUUCUGCGCCAUCUCACCCCCUUCCGAAACUACGAAACAUAACUCUCGUCGGUGUUCACCUGAAUUGGACACAUUUCUCUCAUCAUACUCUUGGCGCAGCCCUCAAUCAACCACGUUCGCUGGGUUCUGGCUGUAUUCAGUCACUAGAACUUUCGCAGCACUGCCGUGAAGUUAGACCAACGUUUGAUGAGUUUACAGGAAUUCUCAAGGCUUGUCCUCUCCUGCGAAAACUCGUGAUUAGGGUCUCUGGCCCGAGAUUUGAUGAAGGAGUCCAAUGCAGCAAUCAUCCAGUAUCGCUUCCCCUGCUUGAAGAGAUUCUCUUAGGGUAUACCAAUGUCGAAGAUGCUGCCAUGCUGCUCAGUCACAUCCAUGCGCCUAACCUCGUCAAGCUUUCCCUCGAGGAUGCCAAUCACAUCGCCAAUCCUGAUGAUGCGGACUCUGGCCCUCUCUUAACGUACUGCGCAACUGGCUUACUCGACUUUUGCGACGUCUCCGUAGAAUCUGGCUCCAAUCAUGGACCGUACAGCUACUACUCAGCCAUGUCCAAAGAUUCCGUUGCCAGGACGGUCAAGCCACCGUUUCCACAGCUGGAGCGAUUAUCGCUCAACAGUGUCAUUGCAUGCAUAAUUCCGUUCAGUCUCCUCAUGGCAGCCAUCCCGAAACUCCGUCACCUGUCGUUAUGUCGCACACCAAAUGCGCUCGCAGCUCUGUUGCCUAUCCAGACGCCUUUUGCGGACGCGUGUACCCGCACCGUACCCUGUCGUGCCCUCGAGUCCAUCGAAAUAUCUAGCGCUGAAGAACAGACGAAACACGUUCUCGAUUUUGUGUUGAGGGAGCGCGAGCAGAGUGGUGCGCCACGUGUGCGUAACGUUGACAUGCACCUUGAAAUGCGCUUCGCCGACGUGGGUGAAGAGAUCGGAGGGUAUCAAAUUGUUGAAGACGAUGUGGUUGGGGACCAAACUAGAUAUGGGGAGUGGGCCUCAGAUGAGGAAGAUCCGUUUGCGCCCGGCGGUGCCUUCAAUGAUCCUGAUUUUGACGAAAGAUAUCAUUUUCUAUCGUAGACAUUGCUUCUGUGUACAAUCUUGGAUCUAUAGUAGUACUUGCGGUGCGUGUAACUCGUCGUACAAAGCGCAUAAUUAGCUUUACCUUUGAUGUGAUUGGUUGGCGUCAACAAUACAUUCACGCGCGUC